AUGCAAUCAUGUUUGUUCAGAUUGCUAAUCUUCAAAGCUUUAGGUAAAGAAGAGGUAUCCGAAGUUUUAGUUAGUAGAAACAGGAGUACUAUCAUUGUCCCAGCAAGAAGCACUAGAGAUGAAGGGUGGAGUGCAUUCAGGAACACCUUGGAAGAAAUAAAUGAAGCAUCUAAGCUUUUUGUUCUUCCCAAUCAGGAAAACGGGAUAAUCAAUAAAGGUGCAGAGGAAGGGGCAAAUCAGUCAAUUCCUCAGGGUCAGAAGAGUAAAGAGACAUCUUUUGAAAGUGAUAAGAAGCAAUCUGCAGUGACUUCAUCUACAUCUAGUAGUAAGAUGGAGGGCCAAGUGCCAAAGACUUCCAAGUACACAUCUGCAUCCAAGACACCAUCAGUAUCACCUUCACCAGGGCUGGUUCUGAGCAAGCGAAGGUGGGACCCAGUGAGCUUCAGGGAGUGGGGAAGAAUGUGGUUUCAGAGUCUUCUUCACGACCAAGAUCAUCUUCUUAUGUCUCCUUUUCCAUUUCCAGGCCUUCAUCAAAUGCAAUCCAGAAAUGAAAAUGUUGAUGGAGAGGAGGAUCAUCUUCAACACCCUACCACAUCUUCAUCUAAUGUACCCGAGAAUUUACCAACGGAAGGUGACAUGUCAUCGAAUGCGGGACCUGAGUACAGAGAGUUGAAGCAAGAGACUUCUUCUUCUUCACUCCCUACUCCAAGUCAUCAAUACCCAGCUGUCCAUACAUCAGCAAAUCCAAACUUCAGUUUUGCGUUCAUGCCACCAAUGAUUGGAAGCUAA